AUGGACAACUACAAAGACCAUACAAAUGGUAGGAUCUGGAUUCAUUGGGAUAGUAACAAGGUGGAUGUGAGAUUUAUCCAAAGUAGCAGCCAAUUUAUACAUUGUGGUAUGUAUGAUAACCUUGGAGUGUUCAAGCACUGGUUGACUGUUGUUUAUGCUCAUAACCAGUUAAACAAAAGGAAAAUCCUUUGUAAAGAGAUAAAAUAUCUGUAUGGAAACAUCCAAGGCCCUUGGUGUGUCAUUGGAGACUACAACAAUGUAACCAAAGCACAGGACAUGAUGGGAGGGAAUUUGGUGACUGAAAAGGAAUAUGAAUACCUGGUAAAAAUGAUGGAGAAUACAGGUUUAAGUGAGAUGGAUAGCAUUGCAGAUUAUUUCACCUGGUCCAAUAAGCAAGAAGUUGGACCCAUCUACUCAAGGAUUAACAGAGUAUUGGGCAAUACUGAGUGGUUCCUCACCAAUAUGGAGACUAUAUUGAAAAUUCUUCCACCAAAUAUUUCUAAUCAUGCCUUGCUAUACUUGGAUUGUAAAGAAGAGCAGAGGAAAACCUCCAGACAUUUUAAGUUUAGCAACUGCCUUACUGAACUACCAGGUUAUAAUGCUUUGAUCAAGAAGUAUUGGGAUGGUCAUAUUAGGGGUAGUCCAAUGUAUGUGCUUUGGCAAAAACUCAAGAUAUUGAAGUAUGAGUUAAAUUUUUUUAGCAAACCUCUUUCUGAUGUUAAAAAUAAAUUGAUAUCAACUAGAACAAACCUCAAAGAAGUGCAAGAAAAGCUGAGUGAUGACAGAAUCAAUAACACCUCGAUUGGAAAGGCAAAAGAGCUGACUGAGGAAGUGGUAUCUCUGAACGAGCUUGAAGGAAAGAUAUUGCAAAAAAGGGCAAAGAUUGAUUGA